CCCCGGCAACCGUUGUUGAUAUGAGUGCGGAUUCUCCUUUAACUGUAAAACUAUUAACUAUGAACUGUGUUUGGCAUGUGUAGUUAACAAGCUGUUGCGUGCAUUGCAAACUAUUUAAAUUAUAUUAGUUAGCUAUAACGAUGGAAUUAUCUACUCUGAUAAAGAAGACAGGCCAUCGUUUGAUGGAAAUUAGAGUGCGAGCCCUCAAAAACAUAAAAUGCAAACUGGACCAUGGCUUACUGUCUAUUCCCGAUCUUGUCCAAGAGAAAAUGCUGUUCGUUUGCUUACUUGAGUGGUUUAAUUUCCCCGAAGUGCCAAUGCAAAGAGAAGUACUGGAACUUCUGGAUACUUUGGCUAAACAUCCCACGGCUGCACAGAUGCUCAGGGAUGUGGGUGCUGUGGAGUUCUUGACCCAGCUUUCUCCGAACGUGGAGCCACAGUUGCAAGCUCUUAUCGAUGGCAUAUUUGAUCAACUGUUCCACCUUCCAGAAGAACUCCCAAAUUUACCAGCUGGUUUGUCAUGUGAACAGCAGUUGACAUCUCAUAAUACAGGUGCUAUUUUAGCUCACUUUGAAGGAGAGUCACCUGUGAUGGGGUACUUUCAGAAAAGUUCAAAGACAAGAAACUUUGACAUUCCUCCCCAAAGAAUCGCAGUCAGGGAUUCUGUGCGGUGCUUGAAGUUUUCUACCUUUCCUUGGUUGACUUUGACUACAACAGAUCGGCACAUUUUGUCAUCAAAUGAAAGCUCUCUCAGAAGUAGCAACCACAGUUUAGUACGGACAACGUGUGAGCUUCUGCAGGAUGUCAUUAUGCAGGACUUCCCUGCAGAAAUAUUCCUUCAAAGGCCAAGUAUAGUUCAAAACCUUUUUUCCCUGCUGAAGCUGGGGAUGAACGACGGCAGUUACCUGACUCUUCCCGCCGUCACCUGCCUCCUGCAGCUGUGCACCAAUCUGAGAAGCCGACUUUGCUUUCACAGAGACCCCAGCUUCUACUCAGCCAGACAAGACACGGUGUCCCAGAAUUCCUCGAUGUCCUACUCCCAGGAGAUCCGUGGGACGCACCAGUCUGUGGCGUCCACCCCAGAGGAGUGCAGCCCCAGGCCCUCGGUGGUGGGCCGGACGGGGCAGAGGGCCAGAGGGGAUGGUCAGGAUGGGGAUGCUGCCUCCUCCAGCGGCAGCAGCUCCCAGCGAGCCCCAGCCUCCGGGCCUCCCCCGCAGUCCCCCCUGGACGCAGCCCAUCUGGAGCUUCCCGAGAUGGAGGGCGAGGACGUGCUGGAGCUGCAGUUCCAGCAGCUCAGCCUGCCUCAGCUGGGCACGGCUGUCUUUGAGCACGCCCUGCCUCUCCUUCAGACAGAGAGGAUGAAGGGCUUGCUGAGUGUCCUGGAGCUUCUGUCAGAGGCUCUGCUGCUCCUGAAAGACAGUGUGUCGGAGCAGGUGUGGGAGGACUGCAGCCUAAUUGGACAGGAGCUGAAAGAAAAGCUGCAGGGGGCCCUGGAAUGUUUAGGAAACAUUUUAUGCCAUCACCACUCCAGCUCCUCUGAGCAGUCAGAGGCUGCGUUGGUUCACCAAAGGCUGACAUACGUGGGCACAGCCGUCUUCACUGUCCGCCUACUGCAGACUCUGCUCCCACUGGAACAGGCUGCUGAAAAUCUCCCAGAGAGCACAGGGACAGCCCUCUUCCUCCUCUGCAUGGACACGCCCUUCAGCGAGGCCUUUCCCAGCAUGCACGAAUCGGCCGUGGCCUACCUGGAACAGGUCGCCCCCGACAACCACAGCAUCUACAGGCGGGCGGCCCUGGCUGCACAGGCCAUGGAGUCCACCUGCACCUUCCUGAAGGAAGUGCACGUUGAGGGGGACAAAAACUGGUCAGAGCUUUUGGAGCUUGCAGACCAAGCUAUAUAUGGACUUCCCUACCAUCAACACCUUCCUGUUGUGAAGGAGUGUGUUCAGAUCUGCUCCUUCCUGUGGAAGUUUGCACAGGCAAGCCCUCUACUUCAGGCAGAAAGCCAGAAGAUUUUCCUGAGGCUCCUGUCCCACCCUCUUCAGGCGGUGAAGACUGAGGCUUACACUUGCACUCUGAAUGUUGUAAAGGAUUGCCUUGGAGUUCAGAACAUCACAAAGCCAGUGUCGUCCAUCUGUAGUGGAGUACACUUUCUCCUGCACGCCCGCGUCCUUUAUGAAAUUUCUACAUUUGGACUUCAGGAUCAAGCAGAGAAGGUGAAAUGUGCUGCCAGGGACAUUCUCCUCUUUCUUCUGCAAGGACAAUUGAUGAUGACAGCUCCAACAUGGAACAAAUUCAUUGAAGCAGUGUGCCCAGUCAUACCCAUAUUGCAGAGCUAUGCAGGAACUGAAGAUGCGCUUGGAAACUGUAUCCUGCUGAUAAGUGAAGCGUCAAAUGAAAGAAGGGAAGGAAUGUUUUCAAACGCUACCAGACUGAGAGCUGCUAUCCGUCUGCUCUUCUCAAAGCACCAGGCGGUACGGGCCACCGCUGCCCAGCAUCUCUUGCCGCACCUGGCCAACACAGACGGCCUUGUUUCAAGACCGCCUUUGGAUUGUGGUGUCAUGGAAGCACUGCCAUCCUUAUAUGUUGUCAACAAGUCGGUGGACACAAAACUCAAUGACUCCGACAGGUCACUAUUGAAGGUGGAGUCUGUAAGCAAGCUCUACACAAUCCUCGCCUCAGAGACGGUUGACCUGGUUCUCAGGAGAUCUGCUGCAGAGCAGUUGGCUGUUGUUUUGCAGGAUACAGCAAUGCAUGCAGUGUUGAAGACUCUGGGACUGAUGGAAACCGUGACAUCUUUUAUUAAAGACUGUGUGAACAGCAAAAUUAAGAACACGGACUGUCUGCUGGAGCCGUGCUUUUCCAUGCUGAGGAAGCUGCUGUGUGCGGACCCUUCACUGCGCCACACCCUGGCACAGCAGCCCUCUCUCCUGAUAACCCUGCUUAGAGCCUCGUUGAUAGUAAAGGAGGAUAACGGGGACGUGACUGAAGCAGCUGUGCUGAUGUGCAUGCUGAUGUUCGAUGAAAUUGCGAGAAUGGACUUUUGGUCCAACAGUUCUGAUGCCCAUGCAGUUCCUUCUCUGUUCUCAGUCCCUGUAUCUGUGCUAAGGAGGUAUAACCUGCCAUUUCAAGCCGCAUCCCACCACGCGGUCAGCCCGUUCUGCGUGGUGCUGCCUCCGUACUCUGACUUGCUCACUCUGAAACCGGCAUGGGAGAUGCUGCAGUUUGCUUGGAACCGAGCCUGGCAUUCUGGGAUUGAUAACCUCCUAGAGCAACUGAAGGGCUAUGGUGGUGACAUCACAGAGUUCCUUGCUGAUUUAAAGAUGCCUGCUGCCCUGGGCGUAGUGUUGAAAGUAACCCACGUCAGCAGCGGUCUGCAGGAAUGCCUGGACGGCAUUCACAGCGCUGACUCCCACAGUGCCGUCAGCAGCACGCUGGCGAGAAUGCGCUUCUACCUCCUGACAGACCGACUGGCCCUCAAAAUGGGCUCUGACAGCUCCAAGAGCAUCCUGAAGACUCUAGGGUGGCGACCUGCCAUCGAGAGGUUCCUUCAAGUCCAGCCUGCGUGUACAGAAGACGAAAAGCUUCUGGCGGACAUCGUGGCCUUUCUCAACACCUUCUUCAGGCAGCAGAAGUCUGAAGCCGAUGACUCAGACGUGCGGUGGAUACUGGAGUUACUUCUUAAACAGGAGAGGAAGACCCUUCUGACGCUGCUGGUUCGUGCCGAGGCCCUGUCGCAGGGGGAAGCAGAGGAGGCUCGUGUCCUCGUCACCCAGAGACUACAAAAGGGGCUGUCGGGCUUCUUCAACACGCUGCUGCUCUGUCUCACCCACACCUCCGACAGGAUGUGUCUGGCCCUGGCGGGGCCUUUUAAGACGCAGCUGGCCGCCGGGCUGCUCCAGUGCCUGAGAGUGUCGGACGCGCCCCACUUCUACGGCCUGCCCUCGCUGGAGAGGACCCUGCGGGGGAUGGUCCACGUCACCGCCCUUCCCGGGUGGAGCUCCUGCGGCCCUGCCCCUGACUCCCUGGAGCUGUGCGUCAAGUACCUGAGCGGCCUGCUGGAGGUCAUAUCCUCCUUCUAUGUGGAAUGGGGAGGAAACUCCAUGUCGUUCAUGGGAAAAGGGGUCACAAAGAACGCAGUCCUCUGCUUGCUUCAUUUAUCAUACGAAAUGAUGUCGCAGAGCAAGGAUAAGGAUUGGAUGUCGCUGUGGUCUCUGUCACAUGACCAGAGUGCUGAUGAGCCGGCUGCCUCACAUCUGGGCCUGGCUUGGCUCAUUCCACUGUGGGUGGACAGGGAUCCUGAGGUGAGGUUUGCGAGUCUCGGCGUGGGCUCGGCGUUAACCUCGGUGCCGAGCGGAUGCGUGGCCCUGGCCGCCAGCUGCCAGAACAUUUCGGGAGGGCUGUGGGCGACGCUGCUCAACAUCCUGAUGGACCAGCAGGAGUGCAGCAUGGUGCGCAGGGAGGCAGCGUUUAUUCUACAAAAUCUGCUUGUGAUGCCCAUGCCUGCCAGUAUGGAAGAGGCCAAAGACUGUGAUUGGCAGGGUCCGUGUGUGCAUGACGAGAGCUCUGGCUUGUCCCUGGUGGGGCUGCCGGCCCUGCAGGCUCUCCUGUAUCACUGCCACUUCUUUGAGCACGUCAGCCAGGCGCUCCGGUCCUGCUACCAGGGCAGGUACACCUUCGACCUGACCUUUCCCAGGCCUCCUAGCCGCCUGGGCAGUGUGAGUGAAGAUGAUGACUCAUUGAAGUACUGGAGAUGCCCCACUGGACCAUUAAACCAGGGCCUAGCAUCAGACUCCCAGUCUACAUCGAGUACUCUGAUUCUUCCGGAAGUGCCAGGUGAAAGCCACACACCGGUGCUCUCCUUCUCCAGGGCUCCUGCUUCGCAGCCUCCUGCUAGCAGACUCGUGGCCCAAGGGCAGAGCGAGACGAGCGGCUCUGUGAUUUCCCAGGACUCCCGUGACGGUGAACAGGCUCCGGAGCCCUGCGCCUUCGCCACGCCUCACCUGGCCUCAGCCAUCGCAGGCCUGCUGGCCAACCUGCUGUCUGUGCUGCCUGAGUUCACCCUCAGCGGCCUGCAGCACCACCACACUCUGAGUGCUUUCGCCAGCCUGGUUGAUGUGGGACCGAUCGAGCGGUGCCUGGUUGAACUGAAGACUCCUGGCCUUCUUCCCGGCAAUGAGGAAGAUGUUAAGAACCAGAUCCUGAGCCUUCUCCAGUUCCACUCUAGCUUUUUCAAAUUACUGCAAUCAUGUGUCAUCCAAAAGCCAGAGCUAGUCUCUCAGAUGGAGUUUAUCAAGCCCUUGCUGGCCAAUGUGUUUACUGUGCUCACACUGAACAUCAAAGACAUUGAUGCCCGGACCAGAAGCUGCGUGCUGCACACCUGGGCCGACGUGUUGACGCUCCUGGCCACAGCGCUGAGGACCAGCAGCGCUACGCUCUUCCCAUCUGUCGCCGGAGUGCUGGGAAAGCACUGGCAGCCAUUUUCAGGGGCCCUUUCGGUGUGCGUCCAGCUGUCCGGCUCUCAGCCUGCGCUCUACUCCGCCGCCCUGCAGUUCCUCACCGCCGUCCUCUCCGAGGAGGCCAGGAGGCGCUCACAGGAAGUGGCCCAGCUCGGGGUCCCAGGCCCGGCCACGCCGCUGUCUCUGCUGCUGAGGGACUCGCCCGGGGCCCGGCUGUGUGAAGUCAUGCUGGAGAGCUUUGACAAGCGAACGUUUCAAGAUCCUCUGAAAAAGGUUUCUGCAAGGGGUCUCAUGGCUUUGCUUGCAAGCAGUCCAAGUGCGCAGACUCAUGCAUUGAACGCUGGCCUGAUUGACAGCUCUGUAGAGCAAAUGAAGCAGAGAUAUACACAGCUCCAUUUUGAGUCCCUCAAACCUGGAAAACCUGCACAAAGGAAAAAGGAAGAGAGCUGCAUGAGAGAAUUAAAAAUGAUUUUGCAAAUACUCAGAAACUGCCUUUAUAAUCAUGAUGAAUGCAAAACCGCCGCCUCCGACUCGCGCCUGGGGCAGGCUGCGCACGCUCUCUGGCCCUGGCUUCUGCUGGACGACCCCGCCAUGGAGGCAGCGCUGGAGCUGCUCUGUGUCUACACGGCCAACUGUACCGCAGCCUGCAGCUCGCUGUGUGGCAGUCACACAGGGCAGGGCCCGUUCCCGAGAGGCCCUACAAACAGCUCUUUGAUGCACAGUGUCAUGAAGCUGGCCUCCCACGUAGCUCCUGAAAACAGCCUCAUCCAGCACCUGGCGUUUUCCCUGCUCUCCAACCUGGCCAUAUCCCGUGACUGUAAAGGGCUUCUACAGAAGAGCAAUUUUCUGCAGUAUUUCCUGUCAAUUCCACUACCAAAACCUGGUUCAAAGAGUGCUAACCCAUCAGUGAGUUUGUGGUUGAAGCUUCUGCUGAAUAUGUCCUUCGGUGAAGAUGGUCAGCAGACCAUACUGAAGAUAAAUGGCAGUUUGGAACUGCUGACAGAGAUGUCACAGUACAAACACAAUGGCACCAGACCAGCAGCCCUGCUCAUUCUGCACAAUAUCUGCUUCAGUUCUGCCAAUAAGCCAAAGAUCUUGGCUAGUGAUAAAAGUGUUGGGAUGUUGGUGUCUUGUCUGGAGAGCAAACUGCCGGACAUCCGUGCAGUGGGAGCGUCCGCUCUGUGGGCACUGUUACACUACAAUCAGAAGGCAAAGGUGACUUUGAAGUGUCCCUCUAUCAGAGCUAAAGUUGAUGAAGCAUAUACUUCAGCCAAAAAAGAAGCAGAGGAGAAGAAAGACGAAGCAUUGAACUCCUAUCUGCUGAAGUGCCUUGGGAAGCUGGCACAUCUGUUAAAUAACUGAGUGUGCUAAACUCACUGAUCCAUAUCACGUUCUGUAUCUCAGACACCAUCCCAGUCAACAUAAAUGUCUGCAACUGAACAUAACAUUUUUAUAACCGACUUUUAAAUGUUUUUCAGGUUUCAUAGACCUUUUUGCUUUUGUAAUAAAAUGUAUAUUCGUAUUUAUAUUUUUAAUGAUAUUGUUUAUUGAUUCUGUUAAAUAAAGUGGGGAGAAAAAAA